UCACGUGAGACUGUGUGCCGCAGAUUCGCCCCGCCCUCCGCUUUGUGAUGCAAGGUCACGUGGUGUGAUUUUGCCCACCGAGUCCCAUUAACUUCCCCAACUCGCCCCGCUUCCAGAGGCUCCUCGCGUUUGUCCUGGAGCUUUAUGGCUGUUGUGUCUUCUCCCGGACUGUGCUGGGUGAGAAAGGAGAACGUCCCAGGUUGUGGGGAUCUUUGAUUUCACUGCCUGCUUUACCGAGGACUGAUCUGGAUCCAAAGGACUGUGCAGAUCCUCGCAGUUACCAUGCAAAGCGUGAAGUGUCCGGAUGGGAAAUUCUCUAUAGUGUGUUGAUAAAAAUUUGACCUGCAGUGAGAGAUUUAUUGGAAGAAAACCCACGACUGAAGACGAGGGAACAGCAACAUGUGAACCAGCCCGAGGAUUGAGAGCACCGACUGGAGAGGACCCAUCUGACUUGGAGAUUCCAGUGAUUCAGUCAGGAGAAAGUUGUGUUAAAAACAAGAAGGAAUUUGUCUCCAGGAAGUUCAAACACGGCACACCAGUUUUGUUGUCUCUGUCUAGAUAUUUAAGGAGCAAGGGAUUCAAUCGACCAUCCUUCCUGCUCAACUGUGGGGAGAGAUUUAUUCGGUCAUUUGACCAACUGGCAACCCGUCAUUUUACACAGGAGAAAGGCUGUUCACCCGUUCAGACAGUGGGAAUGGAUUCAGUCGGUUAUCACAAUUGAAGGUACAUCAGUAAUUUCACACUGGGCAAGGCCAUUCACCUGUUCUGUGUGUGAGAAGGCGUUCAGUCGGUCUUCCCACCUGUGGACACACCAGUCAGUUCACACUGGGCAGAGGCUGGUCAUCUGCUGAACAUCUGGGAAAGGAUUCACUCUGUCAUCUGACCUAAUGGCUCACCAGCGUGUUCACAUUGGGGAGAAGCCAUUCACCUGCCCAGUCUGUGGGAAGGGAUUCACUCAGCCAUCCACCCUACAGAGUCACCAGCGAGUUCACACUGGAGAGAGGCCUUUCACCUGCGCAGAAUGUGGGAAGGGAUUCACUAAGUCAUCCACCUUACUGGUACAUCAGCGAGUUCACACUGGGGAGAAGCCAUUCAGCUGCUCAGUCUGUGGGAAGAGAUUCACUCAGUCAUCCCACCUACAGAGUCAUCAGCGAGUUUACACCGGGGAGGGGCCGUUCACCUGCUCAGAAUGUGGGAAGAGAUUCACUUAUUCAUCCACCCUACAGAGUCAUCAGCGAGUUCACACUGGGGAGAAGCCGUUCACCUGCUCAGAAUGUGGGAAGAGAUUCACUUAUUCAUCCACCCUACAGAGUCAUCAGCGAGUUCACACUGGGGAAAAGCCGUUCACCUGCUCAGUCUGUGGGAAGGGAUUCACUCAGUCAACCCACUUACAGAGACACCAGCGAGUUCACACUGGGGAGAAGCCGUUUACCUGCUCAGAAUGUGGGAAAAGAUUCACUGAUUCAUCCGCACUACAGAAGCAUCAGCGAUUUCACACUGGGGAGAAACCGUUCACCUGCUCAGAAUGUGGGAAGAGAUUCACUGAUUCAUCCACCCUACGGAAGCAUCAGCGAGUUCACACUGGGGAGAAGCCGUUUACCUGCUUAGAAUGUGGGAAGAGAUUCACUCAGUUAUUCAAUCUACAGAGACAUCAUCGAGUUCACACUGGGGAGAAGCCUUUCACAUGCUCAGUCUGUGGGAAGAGAUUCACUGAUCUAUCCACCCUACUGAGGCAUCAGCGAGUUCACACUGGAGAGAGGCCGUUCACCUGCUCAGAGUGUGGGAAGGGAUUCACUCGGUCAUCCCACCUACUGGCACACCAGCAAGUUCACAUUGGGGAGAAGCCGUUCACCUGCUCAGUCUGUGGGAAGGGAUUUACUCAGUCAUCCAAUCUACAGAGACAUCAUCGAGUUCAUACUGGGGAGAAGCCGUUCAUCUGCACAGUCUGUGGGAAGCGAUUCACUGAUCCAUCCACCCUACUGAGUCAUCAGCGAGUUCACACUGGGGAGAAGCCGUUCAUCUGCUCAGAAUGUGGGAAGAGAUUCACUGAUUCAUCCACCCUACGGAAUCAUCAGCGAGUUCACACUGGGGAGAAGCCAUUCACCUGCUCAGUCUGUGGGAAGGGAUUCACUCAGUCAUCCCACCUACAGAGACACCAGCGAGUUCACACUGGGGAGAAGCCGUUCACCUGCUCAGAAUGUGGGAAGAGAUUCACUGAUUCAUCCGCCCUACUUUGUCAUCAGCGAGUUCACACUGGGGAGAAGCCGUUCACCUGCUCAGAAUGUGGGAAGAGAUUCACUGAUACAUCCACCCUACGGAAGCAUCAGCGAAUUCACACUGGGGAGAAGCCGUUUAACUGUUCAGAAUGUGGGAAGAGAUUCACUCAGUUAUCCAAUCUACAGAGACAUCAUCGAGUUCACACUGGGGAGAAGCCGUUCACGUGCUCAGUCUGUGGGAAGAGAUUCACUGAUCUAUCCACCCUACUGAGUUAUCAGCGAGUUCACACUGGAGAGAGGCCGUUCACCUGCUCAGAGUGUGGGAAGGGAUUCACUCAGUCAUCCCAACUACUGGAACACGUCAAUUCAUAGUGGGGAGUGGCCGUUGUUAUGAAUCCCUAGGUUUCGUUUGCUGUGGACUGUCAUUUUAAGAGAGAGAAAUUAAGAAGUCUGACUUGCAGCUUGUUUACAUCGCUCGCAGCUUGUUUCGUUUUAACCGAGGACACAGACACUCAGAGUCAGACAGAGACGGAUGAAAAAUGAAAGGAUUGAAACCAGGGAAAUAGUGGCCAAAGGUCACUGUUUAGAACAUUCCUAUGCCCACAAGGGUGGGUUAAUUAUCCAUUCGCCGUACAUCGAAUGUGUGGUUGUCACCUCAUUUAACCCAUAGGAGUGGAUCUGAUUUGGGAUAUCCUGUUUAGACCACUUAUGUGUUAACCCUUGCCUGUGUGUGAUGUGGUCAUUCAUUUGAAGAUGAUACCCCUCAUGACAAGUCACAUUCGGUGAUAAUUCGUAUGUAGAUUUGUAAAGAUGAUGGAUAAAAUCUACAGCAACUGUUCUCUCAUUUUAACACUGUGGAACCUGCAGAACAGACAGACAGACAGACGUACUUUAUUGAUCCUGAGGAAAAUUGGGUUUCGUUACAGCCGCACCAUCCAAGGUAGUGUAGAAAUAUAGCAAUAUGAAACCAUCAAUAAUUAAAUAAUAAUAAGUUAAUCUUUGCAAGUGGAAAUAAGUCCAGGACCAGCAUAUUGGCUCAGGGUGUCUGACACUCCGAGGGAAGAUUUGAAAAGUUUGAUGGCCACAGGCAGGAAUGCCUUCCUGUGAUGCUCAGUGUUACAUCUCGGUGGAAUGAGUCUCUGGCUGAAUGUAUUCCUGUGCCUAACCAGUACUUUAUGGAGCGGAUGGGAGUCAUUGUCUAAGAUGGCACGCAACUUGGACAGCAUUCUCUUUUCUGACAUCACUGUCAGAGUGUCCAGUUCCACCCCCACAACAUCACUGCCCUUACGAAUGAGUUUGUUGAUUCUGUUGGUGUCUGCUACCCUCAACCUUCUUUCCCAGCACACAACAGCAAACAUGAUAGCACUGGUCACCACAGCCUCGUAGAACAUCCUCACCAUCGUCCGGCAGAUGUCAAAGGACCUCAGUCUCCUCAGGAAAUAGAGAUGGCUCUGACCCUUCUUGUUAACAGCCUGAGUGUUCUCUGAGCAGUCCAGUUUAUUGUCAAUUCGUAUCCGCAGAUAUUUUUAAUCCUCCACCAUGUCCACACUGAUGCCUUGGAUGGAAACAGGGGUCACCGGUGCC